CGGCGGAAGGGGGAGCCGCUCGUGGGGCCGCGCACGCUCGCCCCGCCCCCCUCCCCGCGUGCGUCCGUCCGUCCGUCCGCCCCGCGGAAUGCGCGCCAUGGUGCCCGGCACGGCCUGGCCCCGGCUGCUCGGCGCGGGCGUCCGACGCCGGCCGCUGCGGCUGCACCUCGUCCAGGCGGCGACCCCGGGCCCGGCUGGGCCGAGCGGCAGGACGCUGUGGAGCGCCGCGGCCCCCGCCGCCCGCGAGCCCGAGCGCAGCAGCGAUCUCAGCGACAGGAUCCUGAACGAGCCCCUCAAGCACUCCGACUUCUUCAACGUCAAGGAAUUGUUUUCUCUGAGGAGUCUCUUCGAUGCCCGGGUGCACCUGGGACACAAAGCCGGCUGUCGGCACAGGUUCAUGGAACCAUACAUCUUUGGGAGCCGCUUGGACCAGGACAUCAUUGACCUGGAACAGACGGCCGUGCACCUGCAGCUAGCCUUGAACUUCACAGCCCACGUGGCGUAUCGUGGGGGCAUCAUCCUGUUUGUGAGCCGCAGCCGGCAGUUCUCACACCUGAUAGAGAACACAGCCCGUGACUGCGGCGAGUAUGCCCACACCCGCUACUUCAAGGGCGGCCUGCUGACCAACGCGCCCCUCCUCCUGGGCCCCAGGGUCCGCCUGCCGGACCUCCUCAUCUUCCUGCACACACUCAACAACGUCUUUGAGCCCCACGUGGCCGUGAGGGACGCAGCCAAGAUGAGUAUCCCCACCGUGGGCAUUGUGGACACCAACUGCAACCCGACCCUCAUCACCUACCCCGUCCCGGGCAACGACGACUCGCCCCUGGCCGUCCAGCUCUUCUGCAGGCUCUUCCAGACCACCAUCAACCGGGCCAAGGAGAAGCGCAGGCAGGUCGAGGCCCUGUACCGACUGCAGGCCCAAGAGGGUGCCAAGGGCCGCAGUCCAGCCGACAGUUCCCCAGGAGCACAGGUGGGGCUGGACCUGGGUCAUUCCCCGUGACCUGCCCGCUCUCCUCCCGAGUGAAGCAGCAGCCAAGCCUGUUACUAAGCCAGGAGCCAAGCCCCCGGCCCCACCCCCACCUCCACCCAUCGUCCUUAGCGCCUUCCCAGUCCUUCAAGGCUCCGGGUCCCUGCACCGUGGAACAGUCCUCACCAGCUGCCCACCCGGGGCUCCACUUCAUACCCGCGGGCCCUGCAGACUCACUGGGCAAGCGGCCUGUCCAAAAAAGACCCAUCGGGAAGCAACCCGUCCCUGGGUCUGAAGUUCUUCCUUCUGCCUCGAGUUGCAAACCCUGUAUGUUAGAAAGGUUCUCACACCAGCUCGACUUUUCUCCACCUAAACGACCCUCGGCUGGGCUGUUUCCCCCGCUGCCUGGUUUCAGAGGCUGUUUUGUAACGUGAGGUUGCAGGAUGAGCCACUCAGAAGACCCCAUCUGGGUCGAGACAGGCCGGGCAAAGCAGGCAGUGUGGUUUCAACAGAAAUAAAACUUAGAUCUGGGCAGAUGGGGCCUGGACCAUAUGUUCUGCA